UCUUCAAAAUAAUACAUUUCUUAAUUCACACUUCAAACCUUUCUUUUCUCUUCUUUUCUCUCUCUACACACACGAAAUAUAUAUAAUAUAUUUUUUUUUGAAUUUUUUCUCCAAUAAGCUGAGUAUAGGACUCAAAGGAGGGGAUUUUACAAUGCUAGAAUGGCUCAGUACAGGCAACAGUGUCAAUACAGCAAUGGAACGACGUCAGAUCACGUGGCCAUUGGUGUUCGAGGAGGUGGAGGAGGCGCCAGCAACAAGGCGGCUCGAUGGCGCCGAUCGGGACGCGCCGACAGGAGCCGCCGAAUCUCCUUCGGCUCUCUCGUCUUUUUUUUGAUCCUCGUACUUGUUGUAACCGUUCUCGUAUACUAUUACAUCUCUGCUGAUAAUAAUGACAAUCGUAAAGAUUUAAUUAGUUACCAAUCUGAGGAUGAUGAUUUGAAGGGUGAUUCUGAUUUCCUCGCAAAUGUGACACGAAUGGAAAAUUUUAAAAUCCUUAACUUUGGCAAUGGUUCUGUAUCACAUGGCCGUGAUUCACGAUAUUGGGAUACGGAUGAUGGGAGAAGGGAUGAUGAUUACAAUGAGGAUGUGGUAGAGAACAAUAUCACGAAUUCUAGAGAUGUGUCUCUUGGAGGUGGCCAUGUUCCCACGAAAGUAAAGAAUAAGAAGGGGGCUUCCCUUGAUUCUGAUAGGAACAUGGAUCAUAGAGUUGUUGGGUUGUACAAUGAAGCUGGGCGCAAUGAAUUAAAAAUGUACGAAGCAGAAUAUGAGGCAUCUCUGAAGAAUGGGGGCAAAUCAAAAAAAGAACUUGGAAAUAGUCAUCAGCUUUCUGACAUUAUGGAAUUUGGAACACGUGAUGAGGUUGAUAAGGUUGAUGAUGCUGAUGACCAGUAUAAUGAUGGGAUUGAUUCUAGUGAUACUCAAAAGGAUGAAUAUGAUGAUCUUACUCGUGUCAAAGAGGCUAGGGAAGAAUCAACUUUAUCUAGAGAGACCUCUCAAAAUGUUGAUGCUGGUUCACAUCAUGUUGGUUCCUUUAGUCGUAAAUCUGGAAAAAACCCUAAAACAGGUUCAAAGAAAAAGCAAAGGCGCCGGAAAUUUUCAGGUUCUUGUGAGAUGAAAUUAAUGAAUUCAACACACCUUGUGGAGCCUGUAGAAAGUAGAAAGUUUGCGCGAUUUUCCUUACAGUAUACACAAAUGGAGGAGAAACCUGAAAGAGAACAAUGGAUACCUAGAUUUGCUGGGCAUCAGAGUUUACAAGAACGUGAGGAAUCUUUUUUGGCACGCGACCAAAAGAUAAAUUGUGGGUUUGUUAAAGGUCCACAAGGAUAUCCAAGCACUGGCUUUGAUCUGGCAGAAGAUGAUGUGAAUUAUAUCAGCAGGUGCCACAUUGCUGUCAUAUCUUGCAUUUUUGGAAAUUCAGAUCGUUUGAGGACACCUGCUGGAAAAAUGGUCACUCGUUCGUCAAGGAAAAAUGUCUGCUUUGUUAUGUUUGUGGAUGAACUUACGAUGCAAACACUUUAUUCAGAGGGUCAAACACCUGAUGGUGGCUUUAUUGGUUUAUGGAAGAUAGUGGUUGUAAAGAAUCUUCCUUAUGAUGAUAUGCGCAGAGUGGGGAAAAUACCAAAGAUGUUACCGCAUCGACUAUUUCCUUUUGCAAGGUACUCAAUCUGGUUAGACAGCAAACUGCGUCUACAACGUGACCCCUUACAACUCCUGGAUUACUUCUUGUGGCGAAAAGGUCAUGAGUAUGCCAUUUCUAGUCACUACGACCGUCAUUGCCUAUGGGAAGAGGUUGCACAGAAUAAGAAGCUAAACAAGUAUAAUCAUACAGUCAUUGAUGAGCAAUUUGUAUUCUAUCAGGCCGAUGGACUGAAAAAAUUCAACUCUUCUGAUCCCAACAAGCUUCUUCCUAGCAAUGUGCCUGAAGGUUCUUUCAUUGUUAGAGCACACACCCCAAUGUCGAAUUUGUUCUCAUGUCUUUGGUUCAACGAGGUUGAGCAGUUUACUCCCCGUGAUCAGCUAAGUUUCGCAUAUACAUACCAGAAAUUGAGAAGGAUGAAUCCCGACAAACCCUUUUAUCUAAACAUGUUCAAGGAUUGUGAGAGGAGAGCCGUAGCAAAGUUGUUUCGACAUAGAUUGGAUGAGAAGCGAAAUAUUCAACAAAAGGCAACAUUGUAAAAUGUGUGUUGUAUUAUCAAACCUUUGAUGUUGAAUAUAAAAAAGAAAAGAAUUUUGUACACUUUCCUUAGCCAUGCUGGUUCAGUUGCUCAUAAAGGAAGUAACAAGUUGCCUUAGUUGCUGGCUGUUGAGAUGGUACGACAGGAUUUCGAUGAAAUGGGGGUCGGUAUGAGGUUUCUCGAGCUUGAGAUGUCGAGCAUGGUUGGGGAAGCCAAUUUAGCUUUCAUUUACUAGAAAUCGUCUGCUUCAUUGUUCAUGUUCUUUGUUCUUUUGUUCACAUUGAUUGCUUCGUCCGUAGGUAAUGAAGCACCAAUACUAAUGUACUUGUUACACCUAAAAUUUGUUAUAUUGUUGCUAUUAUUA